CGUGUGAUGGUGGAUAUAUCCUCGUGGCAGUAGAGGGGUAGAAUACUCAUAUUUCGACUGUAUAGAAAAUUGGAAGAGUACCGGAAUAUUCCUCUCUGGCUCUUCCACAAUCGAUCGUUGAUGGAGUCGUCGUUAACGAUGUCGAAGGUGGAGGUAAUAAAACAGGCCAUUAAAGAAGUGAUGGAAGAGAUCAGAGAUGGUGCCAACUCCUCAUCCGAUGACGGCGGCGAAGUUGAAGAUGACAACCACCACCGCCUCCUAUCCAAAUUGAUGUCUCAGUUUUUUUUUCUUUUCUUCCCAAAAAAACAACAGUUGGAGAAGUUAGAGGCUGGGCAGGAAUUUGUUGACGAUGAGAAAACCAAAACGAAGAUAAACAAGUCGAGAUCGGAAGAAGAAGAAGAAGAAGAAGAAGAAGAAGAAGAAGAUGAAGAAGAAAGGAUAGUGAAAGAGCUUAAGAAGAUGAAGAGGCAGAAUCUAAUAACACACUGUCUUCUUUCAGCCAUGAUAGUUCUCACAGUCGUCUGGCAGAUAUCGGAGGUCUCCAUUAUUUUGAGACUAAAAGAUGGAGUAAACCACCCAUUUCGAUUCAUUGGUAGCAUCUUUAAGAGAAUUCUAACACCUCCUAAACCAAAUGGUAGUGAAGAAGAAACAGAUUCAUCGAUUACAAAUAACCUGAUCGAGUCCUCGCGAAUUGGUGAUCUCAAAAUUCCAGAGCUUCCCCAUGUCGAGCUGCCCAAAACUCAGACUUGGUUUUUAAAAGAUAAAGACUGAAAUCAUCAUUCUCGGGUUUCCAAGGUACAAUUGGAGCUUAAAAAAUAGCAUACAACUUUGCUUGUUUUCUUUCGUCAUGUUUCAAAUGCUGUAGAUAAUUGUUUUCCGAAGGAACAAAGAAUUUUGAUUCUAGUUUUGACUAUAGUUUGUUUGA